AUGACCCGUACUCAUUCUAUUAAGAAAAUAGCUAACCCCCAGAUGAAUGCGCAUCUUUUGUCUGAAUUUACUGUUGAGAAGAUUAGUCAAGCUUUGAAUCAAAUGCAGCCUCUCAAAGCACCCAGGCCUGAUGGGUUCACAAUGGUACAUGACGGAUUUUUACGUUUUGUCAAACUCAGGUAUCAGUACCUUAGUAAUGCAGUUCUACAGGCAAAGAAUGCAAGUAACAGUAAUGGUCUGGUAGGUUCUGCUCAAGGUGCUUUUGACUCUGGACUCCUAGAUCUGCUUGAAGGGAAGCUUGCUGUUCUUCGGUUUCAGAUAAAGAUCAAAGAGGAACUGGAGGCUUUAGCUUCGAGGUUAGAAGCUUCACCUGGAAUGCCUGAGUCUGUCCAAAAUGAACUUCCUGAAAACAGUUUGACUGCUGAUGCCAGUAUUGCAAAUGCUGCACGUGAAAAGGCAGCAGAGCUAUCUUUAGGUUUAAAGAGCAUAACUCAACUAUAUAAUGAAUAUGCGGUUCCAUUCGAGCUCUGGGAGGUAUGUCUGGAAAUGCUGUACUUUGCAAACUAUUCAGGUGAUUCUGAUAGUAGCAUUGUAAGAGAAACCUGGGCUAGACUCAUUGAUCAGGCUCUUUCAAGGGGUGGAAUUGCCGAAGCAUGUUCAGUUCUGAAAAGCGUUGGUUCUCACAUUUAUCCCGGAGAUGGAGCUGUUUUACCUUUUGACACUCUCUGUCUUCACCUAGAGAAGGCUGCACUGGAGAGAUUGGAGUCAGGGGUUGAAUCUGUUGGAGAUGAAGAUGUUGCAAGAGCACUUCUUGCUGCUUGCAAGGGUGCAACUGAACCUGUGUUGAACACUUACGACCAAUUGUUAUCAAACGGAGCUAUUCUGCCAUCACCAAAGUUCAGGUUACGCCUUCUCCGAUCAGUGCUAGUUGUACUUCGCGAGUGGGCAAUGUCUGUAUUUGCACAGAGAAUUGGUACAAGUGCCGCUGGAGCUUCUCUAAUAUUAGGUGGAACAUUCUCACUGGAGCAAACAGCUGUCAUUAACCAAGGAGUCAGAGAUAAGAUCACAAGUGCUGCAAACAGGUACAUGACUGAGGUCCGGAGGUUGUCCCUUCCACAGAACCAAACUGAAGCUGUUUACAGAGGCUUUCGAGAACUUGAAGAAUCACUAAUAAGUCCUUUCUCUUUUGAUCGCUUUUGAUUUUUCUUUGUACCAUUUUAUUGUGUUGUAUGAAUGUUUGCUUGUUACAAAUUCGUUUUUCUAAAUAGAAAUGCUAUAAAAUUUUGAAAUAGGAUGUUAUGUGAUCAUGUUAUACAAUUCUAAGUGAUUGUAUAAUGUAAAUUAGCAUAGGCAUGACAUGAUAUUUUUGGUCU